AUGUUGACUAGUAAAAUGUGUGAUCAGUUUGAUACUAUGUGGAGGGUUUUUCCCGAUGAAUUGAAGAAUUCUGGAGAAUAUGAUUUUAAAGGUGGAUCGCUCAAUAGUUACUGCCCUAAUAGAAAAUGUGAAAAUGAUAUAGAUAAGAUUAAGGCUGGAUGUUUAUGGUUAUUUAAACAAUUUUAUGAAAGUCCAUAUAAUUUUUCGAAUAAUGCAAAUGGAAAUAUGAAUAUUGUUACAUACAUUAUGACAUGGAUAAGUUAUAAGUUAAAUCAAAAACCACAAGAUGGAAUCACCAAAUUUAACGAAUUUUAUAGUAGACACAUAAAAAAUGUCGAGGAGUAUAAAAAGUCUAUAGAUAAUGUUACUGGGUAUACAAGUUAUAUUGAUCUUAUAAAUAAAAAAAAUAAAUUUAUGGAUAUUGAUAUUAAACUUAUGUCUAAAUUUUAUGGUUUAUUUAAAAUCUUAUGCAAUAUGCAUAUUAAUGUUGAUAAAAAAAGCAUGGCCAAUACAUAUUUAGAAAAUGCUAAUAAAUUUGCUGAUGAAUAUAAAAAACUUUUUAAUGAUAAUGAUAAUAAUGUUGAAGGAAGUUCAUAUUAUCAAAUAUUGACUACAUUAUCAAAUGAUUAUAAUUAUUUUAGAAAUAGUUAUGUUAGUUCUAAUAUAGGAAAUACACUUCCAAAACUUAUAACGGAAAAAACUCCACAAAUUUCUGUAUUAAAUUCUAUAGAAACACAAGAUGUCUCCUUGAGUGGAAUACCAGAAUCAAAAUCCGAAACUGAUGUAUCUAGUUCGAAAGAUAAAGUAUCAGAUUCUGAUUCAGGAUCACCAAGUUCAUCGAUAUUAAAUAAAUUAAUUUCAAUUCCAUUUAUAUUUGUUGCAACAUUAAUUUUAUUAGGAAUUGCAUAUAAGUAUUCGUUAUUCGGAUUUCGGAAACGAUUUCAAAAACAACAUUUAAGAAAAAAGCUAAAAAAAUAA